GGAAAAUGGUAUAGUCCAAUAUGAACACCCCUACACAGAGUUCUGACAUGGAAGUGGCCCUUUUGCAAGGAUUGCUGGGAAGAAGACGUACAGUCGAGAUUUGGACUUUGGAGAGGGAGGUAGCUCUCAGAAGAGGAAUUCUUCUUAUCUGAGAAGACACAAUUACUUAUAGACGCAGAUUUCCUGUGUACACACACCCCAGAGAGGACUGCAACGCCAACGUUUCUGUUUUAGGCCAUGGCUGACGUCGAGAUCUUAGAGGACCGAGACAAGCUGAAGCGAGGCCUGGUGAAGGUGCUGGAGUGCGUAGCCACCAUCUCAUCAGCAGCCGCUGUGGUGAAUCCCAUCUUCGGUGUGGCAGGCUCGCUGAUCCGUGUCGUCCUCCACCAUGUGGAUGAUGAGGAGAUUCAAACUCUUCGACGUGAGUUUGGCAGUGUGAACCGGGCGUUGGAUGAGCUUUCAGUGCAGAACCGUGGUGCGUUGCUCCAGAUCAAGAAGGAGACAUUGGACGGGCAAUACAGCCGCGUAGAGGAGAACCUACGCAACCAGUUUCGUAAAUUCAUGGAGGUGGUGGAGGCACGGCCCGAGCACAAGGAGCGCAAGCGCGAUGAUUUCGAGGAAAGCUAUGCCAACGACAUGGGCGACCAGAACCUGCACACCCUCUAUGACGGCGUAAUGGGCAAGCCCAAGCUCUUCAGCCGGCCCAUCCUCGAAGUCUACAUGACUCACUCACAAGGAGAUCGUAGAGUGAUGGAGCGCCUGUGCACACGCCUCACCUACCUGUUCUGCAUCGGCCUCAUCGCUCUGAUGGGUUACGCUGCCAUCAUUGGUGAUGAUGAGGAGGGCCUGAGCGAGGAGUGGACCGAGAAGAUGGAGAAUGUGCAAGAGAGGAUGCAGGAGGUGCUCCGGAGGUGCAAGUGAUUCCUUUCCCCUGAUUCACACACGUGUGCACACACACACGCACACAGAGGACUCCUUAUGUAUUCCAUAGAGGUCUAUGCUGUGUCUUUUUUCAUGUCUCUAUUGUCCUCACAUCUCUCUAUAAUGUAUCACAUAUUCUCUAGGGUCUCACUGUUGUUCCUGAUGGUGUGUAUUUUUUUUAAUUAUUACUCACUUUUUUUUUAUUACUCACUCUCCUCACCAUCCCCUCUGUUUUCUUAUAUGCUGUGUUAUAUAUAUUCCAUCAUAUACAUUGCCCCUGGUAAGAGAAUGAACGCUCAGGUGGUACAUGAUACAGUUUCACUCCAUCCACCUGAGGAUUCUCCCUUUACUGUUUAAAGAACUGAAGCCUUUAAAGGCAAAAAUCUGUCAAAUUUCUCAUCAAAGUGGUCAGGUUUUUAAAAGCAAAUGCUUGUGUCCUUAGAGGUUUAUGCACCAUACUGGCUAAAGCCUCAUCCACAUUUGAAACCAUCAUUUUUUUCCCCUGGAUUUCACAUGAAAAUUGUAGAAUUUCUUAUGCGAUUAUGCCAAAUUUGAUCAUUUCAACUUGUUUUAUUAUUACACGCUUUGUAAUAUAGCCACCUACUGGACUGGCAUGCUCAUCUGAGCGUUUUCAAAUUGUUUUUGUCUUUUCAUGUGGAUGGAAGUAUUUUCAAAAACACUUUGGUGGAGAGGAGUUUUUUUGGAGGGAUAAAGAAUACCCCCUUUUUUUUUCAGAAAUAGCUGUAUACAUGUGCACAAUUGGGCCUAAUUGCCAUUUUGGUGUAUAGCUAUUAAGACACAGACUCUAGGAACUAAUAUUUCACGUUAGUUAAUGUUAAAUAUUACGAGCAGAUUCCCACCCUUCCAUUAUAUUUUUGCACUUUCAGUUUGAUGGUUAUUAUAAAAGGAGUCUGAGGAUGCCAGAACUUACAGCUGAUUAUAGAACUGUAUUUGGCCCAUUUAUGCGCACACACACUAUUUCAAAUCCUAUUUCUUUGCAUCAAAACAACUCUGAGGGUUUAUCAAUCUCUGUACGUAUAGGGUGUGUGUGUGUGUGUGUGUGUGUGUGUGUGUGUGUGUGUAGGUGUAGUUAGUGGUAUUGGUUUCUCUGUGUCACAUUCACACCCAGUUGUGCGCGAUUGGUUUUUCCAAAUCCAGUCUUUCAGCAGCACUUCCUGCACUUUAUGCAGUUCUACUACAGCAUCUAAAUCAUCUAAAACAAAGGUUGCUUUGUACUUGGUGUUGUGAACACUAAAGUUUCUUUUUUUUUUUAAUAACUGGAACACUACUUGGGUUUGAAACUUUGGUUUCAAAUGUGGAUUAAUGAGGAACACCCACAACUAACACUACAUGCCUAUGACUUACAGCAUGCGAUUGGUCAUGUCACCUUAACAUGUAAAAACACUAAAGGUAAACUUACGCCUUAUGAGACUAAACACUACACUCAUCCCAAGUUCAUAUGUUUCUUUAAACUUACUGUAGUCCUGCCUUACUGUAUUAAACAACAGCCUGGUUACAUCAGUAUUGCAUUAUAUGCGAUAUGGCUCUGUUACAUGGAGAACCCAAGUGUUGUCUAACUGCUUGAAAUCCUUGAUCUUUAAUAGAAAGAAUGUAAAGAUGUGCAGCUGUUUGUGGAAAAGUUUGCUACACUACGUGAGGUAACAGGCUGUCACUUGUUCUUAAUGCUGAAACGGUGGAAUAACGUUGAGAGGUUUGAAAGCAUGAGCUGAUGCAUUGUUUAAUUUCAUUUUUUUAUGUUACCUUUUUUUAUAAGGUAACAUGACCGAAACACUAUCCUCAUCAUUUCCCUUUUUUACACUUAUUUACACUGGUUUCAAAAGUUUUUGAACCUCUUUAUUACAGUUUAGUCAAUGAUUGAUGACAAGGACCAACAAAAAGAUGCAAUUAGAUAAGAAAGUCUAAAUCUUUGUCACUCUGAAAUCCUAAUGAGACUCUAGGACAGAGCAGUUAAUCCUACAGUUAUAGAUAUGGUAUUCUGUGUCAGAUUUGCUUCACAGCUGUUUGUGUUGGAUAACAGAAUCUGACUCAUAACUCUAUUUAGACUUGCAUUAUAUACCUUCAGCAAUGAUUCAGAACAAACUGCUUAAAGUGCAUGCUCAUCUUUCACGGGUCGUAUACUGAACCAUGCCAUUAGUUCCUCCUGCAUAUAUUACACAUAUAACUGUUCCUGAGAUCAACCUUCACUUUGUUCGAUGAAUCCAUUACUCUCUCUUUGCUCUUCUCUGUGCAGGAUCGAAUAGUAUGUAGAUACCCUUUGUCAUGCAAAUAUACACAUCAUAACAUCUAAAAUCUAUAUACAUGCUUAAAAUCAGUUAUGCACUUUUAAAAUGAGAUCAGUUAUAGAUCUCUGUAUGAAACAGCUCAUUGGCUCUGGUCAGUGCAAAUUGGUAAAAACUGGCAAAACAAUUGGUGGAAAAUGCUUUGUGCACAAGAGACAAUGAGAAGAUUGUGAAAAUGAAGAUGCUUUCCUGUUCUUUGAUUAUUUUUUUAGUUGCUGAUCAAUGUUGUAUAAAAGAUUAUGCACUACCAAUAAAAAUAUGAAUAUAUGAAUGCAUAAAA